AUGGCAGAGGGAGAGGUGAAAAAGGAAGCUGAAACAAAGAAAGUUGAACAUACGUAUGCGCUUGUGAAAACCUGCGACAUGACAGAAGAAAUAAAAAACGAAGCAGUUGAUCUGAUUGUCACUGCCUGUGAAAAACAUGCACCAAACAAUUUCCUCGCAGCCAGAAUGAUUAAGGAAUCAAUGGAUAAGAAAUUUCAGCCAUCCUGGAACGCUGUUGUGGGUGAAGCAUAUGGAUUUGAAAUAGAUUAUUUGUGUUCAACUCUUUUAUUCAUGUUAUAUGGGGGUAAUCUGGGAAUAGUCACUUGGAAGUGUUCGUAA